UGACGCUCCCGAAGCCGCGGAGCAGAGGCGGUAACAGCCGGCAGCGGGCACCUUCUGCUCGGGGGACAUCGGCCACAAAGGCUCCCGCACCUCUGCUGCUGCAGCCCCCGGACCGCGACGGAGCACCAUGACGUGGCUGUUCCUCACCAUUGCUUGCUUCAUGUGCGCCACCAAAAAGUCAGGAGCCAACCCCGAGGUGUCCAUGGAUGUUGACGAGAUUGUCCAGUACCACGGGUACCCCUACGAGGAGCACGAGGUGGUGACAGACGAUGGCUAUUACCUCACCCUGCAGAGGAUUCCCCACGGCAGAGACAACCCGGAACGCUUCAGCAUCUCCCACGGGGCAGAGGCGCAGGCAUCCAGCGUGUUCUGCCUCCCUCCAAAGGCCGUGGUCCUCCUGCAGCAUGGCCUGGUGUUGGAGGGAAGCAACUGGGUCACCAACUUGCCCAACACCAGCCUGGGCUUCAUCCUCGCCGACGCCGGCUACGACGUCUGGAUCGGGAACAGCCGGGGGAACAGCUGGUCACGGAAACACAAGGAGUUUGAGUUCUACCACCAGCAAUACUCAUCCUACAGCUUCCAUGAGAUGGCCAUGUACGACCUUCCAGCGACCAUCAACUACAUCCUGCAGAAAACAGGGCAGGAGCAGUUGUACUACGUGGCUUAUUCCCAAGGCACCACCACAGGUUUCAUCGCCUUCUCAUCCAUUCCCGAGCUGGAUCGCAAAAUCAAGAUGUUUUUCGCCUUGGCUCCCAUCACCGUGAACUCAAACAUGAAGUCACCCUUGGUCAGGGUGUUUGACCUUCCCGAGGUGCUGAUUAAGCUCAUUUUAGGACACACAGUGGUCUUUGAUAAGGACGAUAUCUUGAAGCAAGUGGUUUCCAGAAUGUGCACCCACCCCAUGCUGAAAAGCCUGUGCUCUCUGGUGUUUUACCUGUCCGGCGGGUUCACCAACAGCCUAAACGUGAGCCGCAUGGACGUCUACCUGGCCCGCUACCCUGAUUCCACAUCCCUAAAAAACAUGUUGCACUGGCGCCAGCUCUAUCAGACGGGGGAAUUCAAGUGUUAUGAUUACGGCAGUGACAACGUGCUUCAUUACAACCAGAGCACUCCUCCCUUCUAUGAGCUGGAGAACAUGAAAACCCCGCUGGCUGCCUGGUAUGGGGGCAAGGACUGGAUUUCAGCCCCUGAAGAUGUGGACAUCACCCUGCCCCGCAUCUCCAACGUGGUCUACAAAAAGUACAUCCCCGAAUUCGUCCACUUUGACUUCCUCUGGGGCAAGCAGGUCUACGAGCAGGUGUACAAAGAAAUGCUUGACCUGAUGGAGAAGAGCGCCUAGAGCUGGAACAGUGAUUGUUGGCUUCUCAGUGACUUCUGGGGCUUCUCUGAUUGGGGAAAGAAAAAAACAAAAUGAAGAAAAACUGGGGGCGGGAAAGCUCAGUAAACUGCUACACUUGGUUUGGAUUGGUCCUACUCUGGCCAGAGAGGAAACCAGCCAGCCCAAGGGCUGGGAAAGCACUCUGAGUUGAGGGUCAGUAGGCGGAGGUCCUUGCAGAAGUCGAGCACGGCCCUCACCCCCUGGGUCUCCCAGGCGCCUCACUCGCUCGCGUUUCCAGCAACAACCCAUUGCAGUGGAAUUUGGCUCCUGGGGGCCGUUGUGGACUCUGGGAUCCCUGAGCUUGGGCUCCCAGCUGCAAACAGCUGGACAGAAGCUCCGUGCCCUCCUGGAUGCUGGUGUCUCACAGGAGCAGGUCUGCUGGGAUGAAGCCGCGGGGUGGAUGAAUCCUGUGGGGCUUUAUUCCCCUCCUGGCAACGCUUCCACACCGAGGAUCCCAACACCCUGACAUUCCCUGCCUUCACUCAGAGUCAGAAGGAGCUCUGAACUUCCUGCCUGGUGACAGUGAAGAGUGGCCAUAGGUUUUUUUCCAUGAGAACUGCCCAUUUCACUGAUUCAGGGAGCAUCUUAGAUCCGUGCUGCUUUGGAUAACCUUGCUCAUGUUUCAGUGAGUUCUACCACGAAACACCGUUUUGCACCACUUUAAGCAGCUCUAAGGAGCAAACCCAGCUGGAAAGGUCACCUUUUGCUGCCUCUCAGGGAAUGCUUUUGUGGCAGACAGAAGAAAGCUGUGGUGGAAAGCAGUAACGAGUCUAAAUCUGUUUUCAGCUUCUGGAUUAAAUUAUUAAUAAUACCUUGAUCAGAGAAGGAAUUGUGAAUUUGCCUGUUUGUGUAACUAUCUUCUUAAAAUAUGCCUGGGAGUAAGCAGGGCAAAGGAUAAGGUCCUCUUUCCACAAAUAUGUAUAAAUGAUAAUAAUAAUAAUAAUAAUAAUAAUAAAUUGGAUAGUGUCUACUGG